AUGCUACAGAGCCAGAUGAGGUGUGCAGGGGGUGAACCUUCAGCAGCCUCUAAAAGUCCUCCUGGUUUCUAUGUGACCUGGCUCAGCAUCCUCUACUACGUCAACAUUGUGCCUAACAACGGACAACUUUUCAUCUGGAUAAAGAGACACAUCAAGAAUGUGGUGUACUUUGGUCUGGUUGCAGACCGGGGUAUUGUUCUAACUGCAGGGGUAUUGGACUAUGUGUCUACACUCAGCACCUACAUCUACCUGCGAAGGCACAUGAAGAGGAUGGAGGAGAGUAGCAGCUCUUUCUCCCAGCCCCAGCUUCAGAGCCAGAUGAGGGUCACAGUUACAGUACUACAACAUUCUGGAAUAUUUGGUGAGGUUGGUCAUGUUGGCUUGCAUGUCCUCAUGCGUAUGGCGUCUUCUACCAGCGUCUUCUACCACACCAAGAUCGUCCCAAACCAGCGACCGCUCUCCGUCUGGACUGCAGACAGUAUACCCAAACCUGCCCAGGCUCCAGUGAAGUCAGAGCAGAGCCGUGUGAAUAUGCUGGCCUCUCCACCCAGAGGGAUCUUCUCCUCCACAAAGAAUGUCCCCCACAACACAGAGUACCUGGACCUGUCCAGAAACCUGUUGACAGUGCUCCAAGCAGGUUCAUUUGGGACCCUGUGGAGCCUGAGGGUGCUCCUUUUAAAAGACAACAACCUCAGCCAUGUAGAUGACGGAGCUUUCUCCUCCCUCCAGGGUCUGAGGAGGCUGGACCUGAGCCGUAACCACCUUUCUGCCCUGGGGCCUGGCUUCUCCCUGGGCCUUGAAUCCCUAACAGAGCUGCUGCUGGAUCACAACCAUCUCACCGUCCUGGAGAGUGGGGCCUUCCACAGCCUGGACAGCCUCCAGAAGCUGGACCUGAGCAGCAACCUAAUCUCCACAGUAAAGCCCAGAGCCCUGGGUUACCUGACUGGCCUGCGCCAGCUCCACCUGGAGGGAAACCAUCUAACCUCCCUGGGUUCCGGCCUCUUCUCCACGCUGCGCUCCCUGGAGGUGCUGGGCCUUCGGGGGAACUUGAUCAGCUCCACUGAGCCAGGAGUCUUCGCCCCUAUGUCUUCCCUAACUCUGCUGGACCUGGCCCUCAACCGCCUAAGCACCCUGGGCUACAGGACCCUGUUGAGCAUCCACACCCCCAGCCUCCACGUCCUGUUGGAGGGCAACCCCUGGCACUGUGACUGCGACCUGCAGAGGGUGUUCAGGAAGUUGUCCAGCAUCCACAGGGUCUUCCUGGAUGACUACCAGGAGCUGAGGUGCAGCCAGCCCACCGAGCUAAAGGGCAGGUCCAUGGGAGAAGUGGAUGAUGAGCUGUGUGUCGGAGAGACUGUGACAGUGCUCAUUCUGACGGUCACUGUGGUGAUCACCGUGGUAGCUGCCAUUAUCAUGGCGGAGAAGAACAAGAAGAAUAGCGUGGCCAAGAACUGGGAGGAGAGCGUGGGGCUGGACACCUACUGUGACAAUUACAAUUAA